GUUUUAUUACUCUGAGGUCCUUACAAUUUUACAUUGAGUGAAAGCAUCAAGCAGCGUAUGUGUCAUGUUAUUGGUCAAAAGGGCAAUGGAACAGGAAUAUCAAUCAGCCAUGAUACCAUACUAACAUGUAGCCAUGUUGUCUGUGACAAUUCUGAAGUUUCUAUAAAGUUGCAUGGAGAUAAACAUUGGCAUCAGGCAACGCUUGUCUACUCUGCUCCAUUAACCGAACCUUUUGAUGUGGCUGUCUUAAAACUGAACAACUGCUCUUCCUUGACACCAACUAAAUCAGUAUCAUUCACAGAAAUCACUAUGGCCGUUGAAGAAUUGUUGAAGCAUGGAAUAAGCCACCUACAUCAAUUGUUAGCUAUCAGAACACUGCAUCCUUCAAAAAUUUCAUGCUUCCUAAAAUUUGCCAUGCUACUCUUGACAUGCCUAUUUGCCCUUCCCUCUUUAUAGUUCUUUUACUGUUCACUUUUCUGUCAUUUUGCGCUUU